AUGUGGUUAUUUAAGAGCACACCGGUGAAUGAAUUAUGCGACAAAACCGUUCAAUUCAAAAAUUCUAACGAAGAAGUUAGCAAUACAUUUAUCAAUACGCCAAUACUAAUUCAAAAAGCAGUUAAAGUAAAACAAUUUUAUAACUUGAAGGAACAUUUAGAAAGUCUUAAACAAAUACAAACAAAAAUAGGAUUAUUACACGAACAAACAAAAAAUAAAAACCAAACUCCCACAAUUCCGUAUGUAAGUUCAAACAACGAUAACGAAAAAGAUGUAUUUGAACGUCUAGAGACAUUCAAUGAAUCGAUACAAAAGAUUUCAAAAGAAGUAAAUUGAUACAGUACACCGAUAUUUUGUGAAAAACAUAUUGUAAUAACUAAUUUAUUAUUUUAAUUUUAUUGUUUUAGGUAUCUCGUCUGUCGUCAAUGAUCGAAGAACAAAAAUGUAAUGAAAAAAAGGAAAAUGAGCAAAUAUCUAAAACAAAAUCAAACGACCAUACAGUAACUUCAGACUGCUUAAAGUUAUUAGACAACAAUGUAGUACACGAAUCGAAUUUACCGCCAUCACAAAGUACUAUUAUUAAAUCUAAUAAUGAUGAAAUAAAAACAGAAGUUCAAAAGAUACCAAGUUUCAAUCCGAGUAAAAAAUCACAGAAAAAAAAAAUAUCGGGUUCAAAACUUAAAACUGAAUCCAAUACAAAAUUUGAAUCUACAAGUGUAUCCGAAAAUACGAAUACACCAAAAAUCGAUUUGAACUCGGUUAAUGAAAAUGAAAAAACUAUCACGGAAAAUGUUUUAGCUUGUUUUUCUAACAAUAUAGAGUCUGUUUUAAACAAACAUUUUACGACGCAGAAAAACGAGAAAUGUGAAAUUUUAGAUUAUUUGUCAAAAUUAGAAAAGACAUUGAAAACAUUAAUUUCCAAUAAGUCUGUCGAACACGCACAAAACAAAUCAAAUGUUAAAAUUGAAAAUAAUAAAGAACAUGAUUUAAUUACAGAAAAUAUUAAAUUUCAAAACGAAUGUAAGAACAAUCUCGUCUGCAGUACACAACCUCAAAAAUCAAUAAAUGAAAUUCCGAUAGUAGAUCCGAGUAAUAACAAAAAUGUAUGCAAAAACACGUGCAAUAAUUUGAAUGGAUGUAAUUGCAAAUUAAUAAAGAACGAAGCUACUAACACGGAAAUCACAAGACCGUCACAGCACAUUGAUUACGUUAAAAUAUCUUUGGGUGAGUUGUUAAGUUUUUUAAAAUAUAAAGAAGAAGAAGUUAAAUCAUUAAACGUGUGUCCGAUGACAAUAGAAAAUGUACAGAAAAAUAAAUUAAACGAAAAUAACAAUAAUAGCGAUUGUCCGAAGAAGAUAAAUUCCUGUUCAAAAAAUGGUGACGUCGACAAUAACGGCAUCGCUGUUAAAUCUACAAAUACAAUGAAAUUGAACGUAUGCAAGGAAAAUGAUAUUUGCUCGUUUCUUCACUCUCAGCCGAUUCCGGAAUGGAUAACAUUAUUAAAAAAGGACGUUCAAAUCAACGUAAAGAAGGAGCAAUGUCAAGAAACAUUAAAUCAACCGGAAAAAAUCAACAAUAAUUCCCAGCAUGGUCAAAAUAUCGAUCAAUGUAAGAGAAUUAUUAAUCAAAAUCCACAAACUGCGAAUCAGUACCAAUCAACCAAUUCAUCGCAGACUGUUAAUCAAUUCCAGCAAAUGACUGAAUCGACUGAUCAAUGCCCAAAAACAUCAACUAAUCAUUGCCUAAAUACCACACCUAACCAAUAUCCGAAGACCUCAUCUAAUCAAUACGUCAAAACAACUGAUCAAUAUCCAUCAAUGAAUAUUGAUCAGCAUCAAAAAAUAACUAAUAAAUAUCCAUCACAGAAAUCUAUUAAAGUCCAGCAAACGACUGAAUUGAUCGAUCAACGUCCAAAGACAAUAGACCAAUGCAUACAAACGAGUUUAUCACAGGCUAGUAAUAAAAACCUGCAAAUGACAACUCAAAGUCAAAAAUAUGCAAACGAUAAUGAUUCUAAGGAAGCUGGACAAUUUUACAUCAUCGCGAACAACAAUUAUAAACCAGAUACGCAAGUCUGGAUACCCAUUCGGCCAAAAUAA